CUUCUGAGCUCCGCGGCCCCCGCCAUUUCAGAGUGGGCUCGAGAGCGGCGCUAACGCAGGCGGCCGUGCGGGCCCGAGACCCAGCGUCUCUCCGGCGCGGAAGAGAGGCCUGCUGAAAAUGACUGAAUAUAAGCUUGUGGUAGUUGGAGCUGGUGGCGUAGGCAAGAGUGCCUUGACAAUACAGCUAAUUCAGAAUCACUUUGUAGAUGAGUAUGAUCCUACAAUAGAGGAUUCCUACAGGAAACAAGUAGUAAUUGAUGGAGAGACCUGUCUCUUGGAUAUUCUCGACACAGCAGGUCAAGAGGAAUACAGUGCAAUGAGGGACCAGUACAUGAGGACUGGGGAGGGCUUUCUAUGUGUAUUUGCCAUAAAUAAUACUAAAUCGUUUGAAGAUAUUCACCAUUAUAGAGAACAAAUAAAAAGAGUUAAAGAUUCUGAAGAUGUACCCAUGGUCCUUGUAGGAAAUAAAUGUGAUUUACCUUCCAGAACAGUAGAUACAAAACAAGCUCAGGACUUAGCAAGAAAUUAUGGAAUUCCUUUCAUUGAAACAUCGGCAAAAACAAGACAGGGUGUUGAUGAUGCCUUUUACACAUUAGUUCGUGAAAUUCGAAAACAUAAAGAAAAGAUGAGCAAAGACGGUAAAAAGAAGAAAAAGAAGUCAAAGACAAAGUGUAUAAUUAUGUAAAUAAAAUUUGUACUUUUUCCUCAAAGCAUACUUAAGAUAAUUUUUUGUACAUUAUACUAAAUUAUUAGCAUUUGCUUUUUAGCAUUACCUAGUUUUCUUUCUGCUUCAUGCAAACUCUUAGCUUUUAUCUGAAUGCUUAUUUUAAAAUGACAGUGGAAACUUUAUUCCUCUAAGUGCCAGUAUUCCCUUAGUGUUGGUUCUUGAACUAGCAAUGCCUGUGAAAAAAAAAAAUUUAAUAUCUGAGAUUUUUCCCUCUUGGGAUUUUUGGUGCAUGCACACUUGCUAUAACUUUCUAUUUUUUUCUUGCCAGUUAUGAACUUAGGUGUUUUAACAAAUCAAUGAAGUACAAUGUUACACAGUUUUUAAGUGAUCCCUAUACUGUGUUUUAUUUUAUCUUGAUAAUGGAUUAGUUCUUAGGUAUUUUAACUUCAAUUGAAACUUAAUUGAUUGGCUUUAUUAAUUGAUUCAGCUUACAGACAUCAAGUCCUAUAGUUUCAGAUCGCCUUUAAUGAAUGUAAAGUAUGUCAUUUAGAAUUUUUAAAAAAUUUCCACUGCUACGAUUUGUCAUAGUCACUUCUUUAAAAAUAUAUUUUUUCUAUAAAAAAGGAAAUAAAAAUAAAAAAUGAUGUUUGAGGCAGUGGAAAAUAGUAAAGGCCUUUUUAUUUUCCUAUUUUAAAUUGAUUCAUUCAGACAGACUGUCAGUGGCCUUUACUUUUAAGGCAGAUGUAGUAUAUGUUAGAGCAGAGGUGUCAAACUUGCAGCCUUUGGGCUGCUUGCUCCCAAGUGGGGCUAUAACUGGAUUAAAAUAUAAUUAGGAAAUAUAAAAAUGCAACAUGGAUAAUGUUAAUUUGAGGGUUUUUUUUUUAAUUUAACAGCACCCACAGGGAUCUAUUUCUGUUUGAGUUUGAUACCACUAUGUUCACUAGAUCGACAUAUUUUAGGUUAUAUUCAGACACUACUCUUUAAUGAUGGAAAAAGAAAAAUAUGAAUUGCAUACAUAGGUCAUAAUCCUAAUUUCUUAAUGCUUUUUCUCAGAGUGGCUUUAGAUUUUUCUUUGGACAUAAUUUUUUAUAAAUAAUUCACUCAGUUUUCCUUUUGAUCUGAAUCGUGUGGAAUACAUUAGCUUUAGUUUAACUGUCAAAAAUUAACUACUAACUAAGAUGUGUCUCGUAGAGAUUGAAUGUAGUUUCCAUUCUGGAUAAAAUUAAGUGUAACUUUUCUUAAAUGUUACUUACUAAAUUUAGGAUCAUGGAGCAUUGUCUAGUGGCUAUCAAGAUAUAUGCAGUACCAAGGGAAAGAAAUGGCCAUACUUAAAGAAUUGUGAUGCAUAAAGGGAUUCAAAUGUAUUUUCUGUAGGGUUCUUGAAUUUUUGAUGAAGCAGGGCAAUUAAAAAAAAAACAAACCUAUAGGACUGAUAAGUUAUUCUUCAUUACCGGAAUUGUGAGUGGUUUGAGGAAGAGAAAAAGGUUUUGUAGCAUUAAAGGGUGGGGUGGGGUGGGGUGGGAAGGGAGGAAUCCUAGAAGAUAAGCAUUUAUCUAAUUAUAAUAGCCUUAACAUUCAACAUCCAAUACUGAAGUUGAGAAAAUUGACCUAGUCUUAGACUCCCUAUAACAUGUUUGUGGAAGAAUGUAGCAGAUGUGGAUAGUACGCUUUUGAGUCAUAUGAAAAUUAGGAGGUCUAGGUUCUGUUUGAACUGAGUCACACUGCAUAAGAAUUUAGAACCUAACUUUUGUAGAGUAUCAAAAUCUUUGCCACUUUUGUGCAGUUUUUUUUUAAACAUUUGUAGAAACUGGGGCAUGUUGAGUUGCAGUUUGCACACCUUGACCUUAUUUGUAUUCCAGUGGAUUUCUUUUGAUGUUUUCUGAGACCAUCUCAGAUUUUGUUUUGAUGGCAAAAAAAAUCUGCAUCUUAAUCAUUUACUAUAUGAUAAUUCAUUUAUCAAUUCUACUUGUCAGAAAGAAAUAAUACCUUGUGGUAGCUUUAUAUAAUCUUGAUAAUCACCUAAAAAAGCAACCAGCAAUUAAUGAUUAAGUUGAAAUUCUAGUUUUUAAUUAACUAUUAAGUUAUAAUCUUGGCUGUUAGGAAUUUCAUGUAGAGAAAAUCAAAUAGCAUGAAACUGUACUGUGACUAGUUAAGUACAGUAGGAGAAAUAAUUACUGUUUCUCCAAGUAACAUACUCAAAUUAGUUCCUGAGUUUUGUGUUAAUUACAUAGCUUGAGAUCUGUGUGUCAGUCUAACAGCUCUAAGUGCCUACCUGGAAUGAUAGUGAACAUACAGAUGUUCUUAGAGAAAUAGAGGUGGCUGGCUGGAGAAACGUCAGACUUUUUGGGUAAAGUUUGCUACAUAAUACUACAUGGGCUACAUGGUCUAAAAGUUCCUAAUUCCACUGUCUUUUAUUACCAUGUUGAAAAUCGUUUUGCUUUUUUCCUUUUUUUGAGUGCCAACUUCUUAAUAGAAACUAUUUCUUAAUGUAACCUGUUUACCUGGAAUGUAUUUUAACUAUUUUUGUAUAGUGUAAACUGAAACAUGCACAUUUUGUACAUUGUGCUUUUUUGUGUGGGGGGGGGGGCAUAUGCAGUGUGAUCCAGUUUUUCUUCAUCAUUUGGUUGUGCUGACCUAGGAAUAUUGGUUGUAUCAGAUAUAAAAAUUUAAAAUGACCACUGUUUUAACUAAAAUUAACUUUUAAAUGUUCACAGGAGUAUGUGCUGUGAAGUGAUCUGAAAUUGUCAUAUUUUUGUCAUAAACUGUACUGCUCCUAAUUAUUGUAAUGUAAUAAAGUUAUUGUGACUCUA